AUGCCCACAUUGUGGCCACACGACACACUGCUAAUAUUGUGGUAUAUGAUUUACGGCUUCACCUGGGGUCCUGGCUGCUGGGUCGUCGCUGGGAAAAUUGGAAUUGGCCAGCUUAGGGAAAAGACACUCUUCCUUGCGUCCAUGGGCAGCUUCGUCACUUUUGUUCCAAUCAACUUUGUCAACCCUUACGUCCAGGCAAAGCUCGGCGGCGCCGUCACUUUCAUCUACGGCGGUUUCUCGAUUGUUGCAGUAUUGUGGGUCUUUUUCUUCGUUCCCGAGACGAAGAAUCGCUCGCUUGAGGAACUUGACGAGAUGUUCCAGGCUCAUGUUAGGACUCGAAGCUUCGACAAGUACAUCUCGUCUGGCUUAGGCGCCCAGAUCACCAAGGCGGAGGAUUUGAGCAGUAGGAAAACCCAGCUGGAGCAGGCGGAGGACGCUUGA